CAGCAGCUGCACUUGUGCGGAAAAGUAGAGGAGGCGUGACAUUCCACUCCGUGUUUUCACCUGUUCAGCUCCGGUCCUAAAGAUGUCUACCCACGAGAAACUCAUUGGCCAUGUGAUGAAGGAGGAGCCUAUUGGCUGCAGGAACAAGGUGACAGUGGUUGGUGUCGGCAUGGUGGGCAUGGCCUCCGCCAUCAGUGUCCUGCUGAAGGACCUGUGUGAUGAGUUGGCCCUGGUUGACGUCAUGGAGGAGAAGUUGAAGGGUGAGGCCAUGGACCUGCAGCACGGAGCCCUCUUCCUCAAGACGCACAAGAUUGUGGCUGACAAAGAUUACAGCGUGACCGCCAACUCCAAAGUUGUGGUGGUGACCGCUGGUGCCCGCCAGCAGGAGGGCGAGAGCCGUCUUAAUCUGGUGCAGCGCAAUGUUAACAUCUUUAAAUUCAUCAUCCCCAACAUUGUCAAGUACAGCCCCAACUGCAUCCUGUUGGUGGUGUCCAACCCAGUGGACAUCCUGACAUACGUGGCGUGGAAACUGAGCGGUUUCCCUCGUCACCGCGUCAUUGGCUCUGGCACUAACCUGGACAGUGCCCGUUUCCGCCACCUCAUGGGAGAGAAGUUCCACCUCCACCCUUCCAGCUGCCAUGGCUGGAUCAUCGGAGAGCAUGGAGACUCCAGUGUGGCUGUGUGGAGCGGCGUGAACAUCGCCGGCGUUUCUCUCCAGAGCAUCAACCCAAAGAUGGGGGCUGACGACGACAGCGAGCACUGGAAGGAAAUGCACAAGAAGGUGGUUGAUGGAGCUUACGAGGUUAUCAAGCUGAAGGGCUACACUUCCUGGGCCAUCGGUAUGUCUGUGGCUGACCUAGUGGAAAGCAUCUUGAAGAACCUCCACAAAGUGCACCCUGUGUCCACACUGGUUCAGGGCAUGCAUGGAGUGAAGGAUGAGGUCUUCCUGAGCAUCCCCUGCGUACUGGGCAACAGCGGUUUGACAGAUGUCGUUCACAUGACACUGAAGCCCGACGAGGAGAAGCAGCUGGUGAAGAGUGCUGAGACCCUGUGGGGCGUACAGAAGGAGCUUACCCUGUAAAGAGCGCCUCUUUGAAUUCUUCGAGCCACGCAACACUGUGGUUGACACCCUCCUGCAUUACCUCCUGCGUCCCUCACAGCACUGCGCAAAAGAGACAUAAGAAUAUUUUUUAAAAGCCAAGUAUUUGCUAUUAAAGCAUUCAAAGGUAGACGUCACCCUUAGAUGUUCACAUUGGUGUCACUUUCCUUUACAACUUCCCACCUGCUCUCGUCCGUCUGUGACUGAGUUAUUAGUAACUCUUACUCUCAGCCUCUGAGGCUUGGAGAAAAAGCAGAAAAGUAUUCAGUGCCCCGCUCCAUUGCGUAUUGACUUUGUGUUGUCUGUGUAAUGUCUGUUGGGUGUAUGCUACCGUGUAAUGCUGCUGUUGUCUCUGUGCUCCCCGUGUCCACUUCGUAUUAAUUCUGUGGUCAUUGCUAGUUGUUGUAUUGUUUUUCCAACUUGGCAAUCUCUGUUUAUCAUAACAGAGACAUUCCAAAGUCUAAAAGGAGGGCUUCCCUAUCAGCCUAUAGUCGUUUCAGCACUGCCGAAUAUUGUGAACCACAGGGCCCAAAAUCCUGUGCUACUAAAGUACCUUACCCACUCAGUAAAGCAAUGUUACAUCUUACAGCUUUGCACUGAAGCCUUCUUAAGCAAACCUUACCACAAGUGCAUUGUCCUGCAUGAGUGAACAGACAGGAUUACUCACUGUGUCAUCCUAGACAGCCAGCCUAUGAUGUUCUUUGGUGGUAGUUUGUGCACCAAAAUGCUCAAACCUUUUGUAUUCCACUAUCAUUUGUAGCUGGCGAUACGGCUAAUAUAUUUAUGUAAUUCUGUAACAUUAAGAUUUAGCACCUACUAACGAACUGUACCUUUCAUGGCAGCUGGGUAUUUAUUUUUAUUUGCCUGAACACCAAAUAAAUCUGCCAGAACAGUGACGAACCGGCCCUUUGUUCUUGACUGUCUCCCAAUCACAUUAAAGGUUGCUUGUACAGGAAACAACAAUGUAAACUGGUGAUAGAUUAAGAGUUUCUAAUGACUUGGCAGAGGUUUCUUUACCUGCUGAGAACAAAAUAAUUUUUUUUCUGGAUGCUGGAUUCCAACACAAAGUUUUGCGGAUUGAAGCCCGUUUUACUGUGAAACUUGAUUUUGAAAACAUCCCCUUAAGAAUGAAAGGAUCGCUUCAC